GUGCGACAUCACUUCCUUUACGACCCUUCCCUAUUUAAAAGGCGGUGUGGAGCCAGAGGGGCUUCAUCAGAGGAUUAAAGCCAAAGUCCUCGCACUCUUCACACCAGUGGCUCACCCACUGACUGACUGACAAUCUGGAAGGCUCCGAAUGUUUCUGUGAAGAUCCAUUCUGGCUAUAAAGGUUGAGGUGAACUGCCUUUUGGCCGUCUUUUGUGACUUUCAUCUGGAAAAUUUAACUUUGCGAGAAGAUUUGAGUCGGAAUCUGGAAAAAAGUUUUUGAGUUAAGACUUUGUUAAAUCUAAAGCCUUUAUGCAUUGAGCUAACCUCUCAUUUUUGGAAACAGUGGAAACUGUGCAACCCAAAGACGCACACGAACUCUAGGAAUUCACUCUAGGAAUUAGGAAAACACAUUCUGCAAGGUCUUAUUGGAAUUUUCCAACAGCAGAGUAGAUUUCUAAAGCAUCAGGAAGAGCAUAAGACAAGCAAAAUACCAAUUUCUAGGAAACGUCCCUUCUAGUAUCCUUUCAUCAUGAGUAGCAGUGGGACCACCACAGUUUCACCACAGGAGCCUCAGGCUUUCAAACGGGCGGUACGGAAAAUAAAAUGUGCUGCUAUGGUAGCCAGCUUGACCAAGAACUGGCAGGGCUGGGCCAAUGAACACACCAACAAGCAGGACGCCAUCCCGAGCGGCUGGAUGCCUUCAUCUAUUGAAGAGGAAGACAAAAAAGAGCGAGACCAUGUGGUCAAACUCACUGUCACCCCGCGCGUAAUUGCAGUUGAUGCCGCCAACACCAGUGGGAGUAAGAUCCGGACCUGUGCUGUGACCAAGACUGUCCAGCCAAAACGCAGCGAGUGCAGCAGCAGCGAUUUGAUCAGUGCCAUCAGAGGCAAGAUGGAGUCAGGCCCAAAGGAGAGCAAGCCGUUCCUGGGCAACGAGUCGCCGACACGGCGGCGCCAGAUGAGGGCACUACAGAGUGCAGAAGGAGGGGUCAUCCAAAACAGGAAGCUGAUGCUCCAGGAGAAGAAGCUGGGGUCAAGGAGCAGCAGUGUUGACACAGAGGACAGCGGGCUGGGAGAGGAGGCCGGACUCAGCGACAACAGCGAACCAAAAACUGAGCAGGGUGACAUCCAGCCCAAGAAACAGAACAACAGGCCCAAGAUUAAGAUCGCCACUACAGGUGACAUCAAAAGCCGCUGGCAGCAGUGGUCCGAGCAGCACAUCGAGGGCCAGAAACUGAACCCCUUCAGCGAGGAGUUUGACCAUGAGUAUGCCAUGGCCCAGCGCCUUCGCAAGGGCGACUCCGGCUACGGUCGACCCAAAGACGGCUCCAAGACGGCAGAAAGGGGCGACAGGGCCCAGAAACACAUCCACAGGGAGAUGGAGGAGAUGGUGUGGAUUAUCAGAGACAUGGGAUUUAAGGAUAAAGAGGGGAGGACCAUCAUUAGCUUCGGCCGGCUCUUUGACCGGUACGUGAAGAUCUCAGAUAAGGUGGUGGGCAUCCUGCUGCGCUGCCGCAAACACAAGAUGGUAGAUUUUGAAGGGGAGAUGCUGUGGAAAGGACAGGACGAUGAUGUCAUCAUUACAUUGAGGGACUGAGGACAGACGUGAUGUCUUACAAACAUUCACACAUACAUGCACACACACCUACAAAUUUCACACAACACAAAAGAAAUAAUGCCAUGCUAACCGCAAUGCUACAUCAUUUACAGAAGAAAAAUGAAGGAAUAUUUGGAAGAGACAGAAAAUGAUUAUAUGGUUAUUUAAUGAUUGUAUGAUUAUAAUGUUCAAAGAUAAUACACACAGCUUCAGGGAUAUACACAAUGGAAGGAAAUUUUAGUUUUAUCAGUCAAAAAAAUGUAAUCAAAAUCUCAAAAUCUAGUCACAAAUUUCAUUUUACAUAAAUUAUUAAAAGUCAUGUGAGUGUACAUGUGGAGGCUACACACA